AUGGAUGCAGAACGUGCAUUGAAUGAUUGUAGUGAGACACAACCUGUGAUACUGUUGGUACAUCAACCAAAUGGUGCUUCUAAAAUCCUACGUAAUACUAAGAAACGAAUUGAUUUGGUUUUAUCAGGACACACGCAUGCUGGACAGUUUUAUAUCGUAUGGUUUCUCGCAUACCUGAAGAAUGACUUCCUAUAUGGGCAUUACCAAGUAUAUAUAUAUAUACAACCGGCAAUGAAAUGGUUAUCAACUUACCAAACAUUACAAAAUUGA